AUGCCCGAUGAAAAGAAGCUUCCCUGGGGAAUCAAUUCAACAAAACCGGGUUCCGCUAAGACCUUAACAAAAACAAAAUUACAAGCUUUUAGUAUUGGUACACAUAAAAAGACACCAUUUCAAAAACAUAAGGAAGAACUUGAAUUAAAGAAAAAGCAAGAAUCUGAAGAAGCCGCAAAAGUCUAUGCUGAAUUUGUUGCCUCGUUUGAAAAAGAGGAAGGAGCAGGAAAAACAUUCGUUAAAGGCGAAACUAUAGUACCGAAACUGUUGUUUGAUCAUGAAGCAGUCAUUACAAAAAAGGAAAUUACUACAACAUCUACAUCCACACCUAAACUUUACAAACCACAACCUUUCAUUAAUGCCUCAAAACCUAUACAAUCGGAAAUAAAAAUCGAGAAUUCUGAAGAAAGCCCCGAAAAGGAUGAGGUGAAGAUAUUUCAAUCAUAUUUUGAACAAGAGGAAAGAGAAGAUCGUUUAAGGCAAAAGCAUGCAAAACUGGCGGGCGCAGGCCUAUCGUCUGAGGCAGGUAGUGACGAAUUCGCUCCUACCUCUCUCACUGUUAAAGCCGCGUUUGAAGAUAGGCCGGGUUCACAUGAUACUGGAGAUCCAAAUACAACCAAUUUAUAUGUUGGAAAUAUAAGCCCCGAGGUGAAUGAAGAAAUGUUGUGUAAAGAAUUUGCAAAAUAUGGUCCCAUAGCUAGUGUAAAAAUCAUGUGGCCCCGUACUCAAGAAGAGAAAGAUAGAAAUCGAAACUGUGGUUUCGUUAGUUUUAUGGACAGAGAAUGUGCAGCUCAGGCUUUAAAAAAUAUGGAUGGCAAAGAAUUGCUCGGAUAUAUUAUGCGUGUUGGUUGGGGAAAAGCAGUUCCUAUUCCACCGAAGCCUAUUUACGUAUUGAACGAAGGAGUUCGUCCUCCACCGAGUGGCUUACCUUUUAACGCGCAGAUGAUUCACACAAAAGUAUAUACAAAUGUACCACCGCCUGGCGCCUCUACGGUUGCACCCAAGGGUCCUCGCCUUGAGGUUCACGUAACUCGUCCUGAAGAUUCUCAAAUCGUUAAGAUAAUACAUCGUAUGGUUGAACGAGUUGUUAAAUUUGGUCCACCAUUUGAGGCAAUCAUAAUGGAUCGCGAAUGGAAUAAUCCAAAAUUCUCAUUUUUAUUCCAAAAUGACUCACUUGAGCACGUAUAUUAUCGGUGGAGAUUAUACUCUAUACUUCAAGGAGAUCCCAAGAAUAAAUGGCGCACCGAACCUUUUCAUAUGUUCGAUGAAGGACCCAUUUGGGCACCUCCCGAGAUACCGUUUGAUGAAGACGCAGCAGAUGAAUUAUUAGAUUCCGAUGAAGAAGAUGAACGUGAACGAGAACGUAUACCUAAAGGAACUUUAGGACCUAAAGCAAGGCACCGCAUGGAAGUAAUGCUACGAAAAUUGACUUUCGAACGAGGUGCCAUUGCUAAAUCUAUGGCCUUUGCAAUUGAUCAUUCUGACGCGGCAGAUGAGAUUGUUGAGAUUAUAUGCAAGACUCUCAUGAUUAAAGGAACUCCUAUUCCCACUAAAGUUGCGCGAUUAUAUUUAGUAUCAGAUAUAUUACAUAAUAGUAGCGUUUCAGUACCAAACGCUUGGAAAUUCAGAACUGGAUUUGAGAGUAAAUUGCCAGAAGUAUUUGAGCAUUUGAACGAGAUAUAUAGAUCUAUUGCGGCUAGGUUGAAAGCGGAGACAUUCAGGCGUCAAAUUACAACUAUUCUCACCGUUUGGGAAAACUGGAUCGUUUUCCCACAACCUUAUAUUGAAUCAUUAACAAAUACAUUUAUGAAGAAUACAAAAGAAGGUGACAAUCUUACGCAUUCUUCAAUACCACAAUCAGCCACACCAUCAUCAUCGUCUUCAGUUGAUGGAAACGCGAAUAGUUUUGAUGGUGUGCCAAUGAAUAUGGUUAUUGAUGGUGAAUCAUCAAAUAAAUCAAGUACAGGUGGUAUAUUAGGUGUAAGAACGAGAUGGGAUAAUGAUGAAGAUGAGGAUAAUAAUCAAAACAAUAGUAUGAAAGGUAUUCGAUUAAUGUCGGAAAUAGAAUUGACGAAACUUAAUGAAAUUAAAGAUGGUGGAUCUAAAAGAAUCACUUUAGGAGAUGAAAUGGACGACGAAGUGGAUGACAUUUUUGCUUAA